UUGUAAGUAACUUAUCUCUCUAGCUGGAGUACUCUGAUUUGCUUAGCGGAACAGUUAUAAAAUGCAGGUUGUAGAUACAAGGGAAUACUACAUGUAUGUACGGUAAAUAGAAGUCAUCGCUUAUAAAAGAUUGAUUUGCGAUUUCAAGAAACAUUAGAAAGUAUAUAAGUGAAAAGGCCAUCAAACUGAAGCCAUACUUCACUUUUAAAUCAAUUUUUAACACCGAAGAUGAGGUACUAAAGGAAUAUUUAGUGAUAUAUCUGCAAAAUUCAACCCGUAUACUUUAUCCAAAGAAAGGCUAUAGAGGGGUAGGGAACCGUAUGACAAAAGAUGACGGAAGCCGUUUCAGAGUUGUUGUCUUCCCAGAAUUCCCUGACGGAUACUGAGAGGAUCUUAGUUAUCGCCCUUCUUUCUGCGCUCAGUAUCAUCAUUAUAUGUCUGAUCACGUUGAUUGUACUAACCUGCAGAAACAACAUGAAAGCAGAUAGUGGAGCACACAACAAAUCUGUUUCAAGGAGAAGUAUUGGAAAGCCCGUGCUAACUGGACGAAACGUCAGACUAUCUGUUUCCAGACUUAACUCUCGAUAUAGUGAUGGCAACUUUGCAGCAAAGCGAGAUUCCUUUAUCAACAGAAGCGUAAGAACUAACCCAGUUUAUUUCGAAAACCAAACUUUUCAGUCAAACUCUCCAAGAGAAAGUGAAUUGUAUUCACUACCAAGCGGAAGUGGAAGUGAUGCUGUAUUCACUUUGCAUAACGAGACCCCACCUGAUUCAGAACACAACUUUCAACAAAAUUCUAAUUUCUUUUAUUAGCGGAAACAAGCGUAAAUCAAAGACAAUGAUUUGGAAGUUAUCAAAUUCAUGACAUGGAUUUUGGAAUUGCGGUUUCGCUUAAUUUCAACAUUAAUAACUUAGUUCUGUUAAAAUCGGACAACAAUAGAAACUCGAUCAUGAAGCCACUGAGGACGCCCUGUUUGAUAAUAGAAAUAUCACCUUGUCGAUACACUGCUGUUACAUGCAUGUUCAUGAAAUAAAUACAGUGAAACAUGUCUCAUCUGAUAUGCACUUGGAUACGAAAUUUGUGUCAGAAUAGACAAGAUGACGGACUGCACAAUGUAGAAUGACAUGAAAUUAAGUAAAAUAGCAAAGAAUUUGUACGUCGGUGUUUACAGUGUGAUGGAUUGCACAGUUGUCAGAUUAUACAGUUUUCACUGUAAUUCCAAAGAAAAGAACAAAAUUAAAAUGGUGAUUAGUUUGUGCUUUUCUUAAAACCCUUCAAUAUAAACCUGUUUCCCUUUUGUCAGUUCUUAACUCUUGAGGUUUAUUCACAUGAUUUAUAAAUAUUUAGGUACUGCAUGUAACAUAAAUAUAUCAUUGUACAUAUAAAACUCUUGAUUUAGGUAUUCAUUCCAGCAGAGCAGAUUAUUUUUGCAUUACUAUAUGAGAUCACAUUUACAAAAAUGUCUGUUUACCGAUUAAAAGAGAGUACUCAAAGGAAAUGGACCUAUGUGCC